ACCGACCGCCGGCCAGGCGGCCUCCGAGGGCGGGUCCUCCCGGGCGGCAGCCUGGACCCCGAGGCCGGCACUGACCGUCGCCCCGCCGCAGGCUGCUGCUGAGGAGCCGGGGCCUGACUUGGAGCUCGCCGCUUGGCUCCCACCGACCUGCUCCCAAGUGGUGCUUGUUCUUGUGGCUUAUUAACUUUAGAAUGUGCCGACCCGGUUCUGCUUCUUAAAAACUCAACUAGGCAAUUGGAGACAUUUUACAUUUGUAGUAUUUUAACUAUUUUAAUAUUUUAAUUUUAGUUUUUAGGCGGUCUAAAUCUAUUGUUUGUUUCUUCUGGCUCAUUUUACUGGCUUGCUUUUUUUUCUCUUUUUCUUUUUGGUACUGGAGAUCGAAUCAUUUCCCUUACCUCAGUACAUUUUCUUGGUUUCUUUUUUGAGGGAAAGGACUUUUUUUUUUUGGAAAGUUUUGUUUUUAAAGACACCCCCCCCCCUUUUUUUUUGUGGUACCAGGGAUUGAACUCACAACCUCACCCUUGCCAGGCAGGCGCUUAUGCCACUGAGCUAAAUCCCCGGCCUUAAAGACCCCUUUUUGUGAUACCAGCAGCACCUUAAGAACAUACACGUAUGUUGUUGAUUGUUCUCGACAAUCCUCCAAGCACCUGUUGUGCCACAGUACUGGACGUGGAAGCCACCAAUGUCACGUAAUCCUGGCUAUUAAAACGUCUCAUAUUUGAAUGUGUUUCUCAGUGUAAUUGUUAGUUAUUUUGUAAGUUAGGUUGAACAUGACUGUUUAUCCUUGCGGGCUUGAAGGCUGUCAUAAAUGUAAAGAGGCUGGAAUACCGUGCUACCCGCUUUCCAUUUGUCCAAACACCACUGUUUCUGAUCAUUUCUAUUUCUAGCCCCUUCCUCCUUCAGACCAUAAACACAAAGAUCUGAGUUAUCAUAAUCUUUGGCUGGACACAUUUAUUAUAAUGGGUAACACUAAGCAUUCAUGAAGACCCUAUUUCAAAUUUCAAACAGAAAGUGAAACUUUGAUAAGCUGUACACCUAACUGUACCUCCUUUCCUACACAUUUCUGUCUUGUGCAUCAGAGGUAACCAUCCGGGACGUGACUAUCACCCCCUGGCUUUCCUUUUGAGGCAGUUUGGCCUCAUCUACACUUUUUGAAAGGGACAGGUUUGGGGUUGCAUGUAAUCCUUUGGGGUUUCUCUUUUCACUUUGCUUACAAUUCUGGUGGUCUCCAGAGUUGUUUCUUUCAAAGGUCCUGUGAUUUGAUCCUUUUACUUAUCCCAGACGGAAUCUUUGUGCCUGCUCAGGCUUGACCUACAACUGACUGAUUUGGGGUCUGUGUGAGAUCUUACAGCAGGACAGAAAAUGUGGACCCAGCAAGCCACGUGGUGUGUGGCCUCUGCUUUCCUAGUCGGCCUUCCGUCUUGCAGGUGGAUGCGGUCCGGUUGCAGUCCUUCCCUGCACAGCCACAUCUAACACAGCUGCUGCAUCUAACCGGUGGCUCCCAUCAGGAGCAAGUUUAACUGGGUUACUUGAUGACUGCGAAGUCUCCUGUACCUUAUUCCCCGAAUGCUCUUCCGGGGCUGAGGAACACUGUACAGUGGAAACCAUGAUAAUAUAAUAGGCUACUCCACCAACUGGAGCAGGCGCCUCUCUAAACCAUAAGUCUAGGGCCAAUCCUAACCUGUCUCUCAAUUUGUACUUUUAUUCUACCAAGUCUGCUACUGUUUCUUUUCUGCUACUGUUUCCGCAAAAAAAGUUGUUUCAUUCCCCAUGUCCUCCUCUAUGUCUCAACUGCAAGUCCUAACCCUUCCAGUUUUUAAUUUCACUUUUCCCAAGCCCCUCAACAUUACAACCCUUCUCUUUUCUCUCAUUUCCAUUAAGUAGUAUAAACUGCUAUUCAGUUAGCACUUAACUAUAAACACUGAAAUAAUUGUUGAACACAUAGUUUUGCACUAUGUAUCUUUUCAUGUAUUCUAACCUACUCCAUGAGGCAGUACAUUAGUUUUCCCAUCUUACAGAAGAUAAAACUGAGGCUCACUGAUUUUGACUGUUUCAUUAUCUAGUAAAGCUAUAUUUGAACAAGCUUUUAAAAUUAUAAUUUUAAAACCUUUAUGUUUUCCCCCUUCUUUUGGAGAGAGUCUUAAUCUGUAGCUUAGGUUAGCCUUGAACUUCUUGUAUAGCUCAGGCUGGCAUCAAAUUUAUAGUUCUCUUGCUUCAGCCUCCUGAGUGCAGGGAUUAUGUGCCACCAUGCCUUUUUUUUUUUUUUUUUUUUAAUGUUUAAAGUUAUGAUACCCCAGGCUUUAAGUAAGAGAAAACUUAAAAGUGUUCUUAACAAUAAUGAAGUUAUAAAGUUAAUUCAGUGGUUCUGCAAUACACCAAACACCCAGGCUUCCUGUUCUAGCACAUCCUUGAUGCAUUCCGGAUCUGUCCCCAGGAGAGCAUUCCAUAGGCUUUAAGAGGAUUGGGAAGUCUCACUGUCACAUGUAGUCUAGAGGGAAGAACAGACCUAAUUUCUUCCUGUUCAUGUUCUUUAAGGAGCAAACCAACUCUCCCCAAGGCCCUCGCACCACAGCAGACUUCUCGUAUUGUCCAGAAUGCCGGAGCCCAUGCCUGGUUGUUGGCAAGGGGUGUGGGUAGCAACUCUGGACCCACAAUGUCUGUUCUGCCGGAAUCUGAAGCGCAGGUGGUGAACCUCGACACCGCACUGCUAUUCUGGGCUCUCCUCUCCGCUGCCACCCUCCCGCUGGCAAAUUUCCCCAACUGUGAGCCAAGUCCCCUAGGCUAACCCUACACAACACGUUCCACAGCCACCCUUGCCAGGAACGUGAAAGUGUUUCCUGAGGCCUGGUGCCCUUGCACAGUUCCAGAGACAGCAGCGCUGUGCUUUGUCAGCUCAGGGCACCGUCACAGCCUGGAAGCAGGGAGACAGUUGGAAAAGUGGCCGCCCUGGCCCCGCCUCUCCAGAGCCGUGUUUUCAUGCUGUUCCUGCCGCUCUCUGAGAUCUGGUCCUCCUCUGUACUUUUCCUUCUCGUGGAAUUUGAAGCCGGGUGUGGUGGUGCAUGCCUGUCAUCUCAGCCCUUGGGAACUGUGAGUUCAAGACCACCUGAGCUACAAAGUGAGCUCAAGGCCAGCCUGCACUGCAUAGUGAGACUCUGUCUUAAAAAAAAAAAUUGGAUCAGUUUGUUUACAGUCUGGCUCCCUGUUCUUACACCUCACCUGGAUCCUCAUAUUUCCUUCGCUUGAACUCACAAUAAGAAACCUACCUUCACCUAAUAACCACUAAUCUAAUCCAGGUGUGGUGGUGUUCACCUGUAAUCCCAGCACGUGGGAGGUUGAGGCAGGAGGAUAGUUGCCGAUGUGAGACCACCCUGGCUACAGAGUGAGCUCAAGACCAUCCUAAACUGCACAGUGAGGCCCUGUCUCAAAAACACAACACAACACCCCACUGAUCUGUAUUAGAAGCUGAGAGACACCAUUAGACAAUAAGGCAGGAAAUUCAGUUUUAGUAACUUGUGCUAGGGCUCUUUCAUAUACACUAGCUUACUUAUCCUUAGAAUGCCUGAUAAGUUAGGGUAUUUUAACCUUCAUAUUUUAGUUUAAAACUGGGUGUGGCGAUGCCUGCCUGUAAUCCUAGCAGUCUCAGGAAGGCUAAGGCAGGAGGGUUGCCAGAGUUUAAGGUCAGGCUACAUAGUGAGACCUUGUCUCAGAACAAAACACAAAACCCUUAUAGAUUAAGGAAUUCAGGUUGAGAAGUUCAGUCACCUAGGUCCACCAAGCCACAAGCCAUUGUGAGCCCAUGCCUGCCUGGCUGCACACUGCUACGGCACUGUUCUGGCUUCAGCCUUCAGGGUUAAAACCUGCAUUCCUGUGCAUCAGUCUGGGCCUCACAGCAGCAGCAGGGUGUGUGGUGUGUGGUGGUGUCUGCACUUGUGAAUGAGGACGAGUGUGUCAAGCUUGUCCAGAGGGCCUUGGGGCUUUCCUAACGGCUAUGUCCCGUGUCCCAUCCACCACCCUGUGUGCUGGGUGGAGCAGGGCACAUUUGCUGAGUGGUGACUCAAGUGACAGCAGGCCUUUCAAUAAAGGACCGGUUCAAUGGCCUUACUGGAAAUGAGCAUCCCUACCUCGAGGUCUCUACUGGGCUGUUUUCCUGGCUCAUCUCCUCUGGGCUUUUCUCAGAGAAUUUUUUUCCUUUCCACAAAGACUCACAAGGGCACAAUAUCCACCCCCCAAGCUUCACUCAGCGAGGAGUCUUCUUAGGGUGUGCUGAAGCCCACGGCUGCCUGCCUUCCCACCUUGGCGUGGGCAGGCCGCGCUCUUCUCCUAGGCCCAGGUGGCAGGAUGGUGCUUGUCACGGAGCAGACACACCAGCGGGAUCUGCUCCUCCUGGCUCUGCUGGCCUUGGCUCCUGCAGGCCAAGUCACGCUGGUGCCCCCUCUCGCCCUCGGCCCCGCCUCCUUCACCAGCACCAGCUCAGCCCUCAGAAUUGUCAUUACAUCCCAGGGUAAGACCCUCCCCAGGGAAUCCCCUGCUGGUUCUGGGAGGCUGUAGGGCUGUGAGAGUUAGUUGGGUCACUGAGGCCUUGGGGUCAGGUGGAAACGCUGGUUUGAGAGGCGCAGGACUGGGCUAUGUACUUAGUGCGGAAAGGGAGAAGGAAAAGCAAGGAAGCAGUGAUGGCUGGGCUGGCAGAGCUUGUGCUACAUCCUCAUGGAAACAGGGUAACAGCAAAAGCGUGGACAGAGGAGUCAGAAAUGCGUGCUGCAAGCACACACCACUGAUGAUGAGAAAGAUGAGUCUGAGAGGCCUUGCUUCUGUCUUGGGGGACAGCCGUGCAAGGAGACGCGUGUGUCUUGUGCUACAGAUAUGCUGGACACUGCCAAUACUCCGGGUCAGUGUGGGCCAGAUCUACGAGCCAGGCCCCCUGCCCACUGCACCCUUCUGCCUCCCUCUUGGCCUCCAAGAUCUCCCGAGCUUUCCAGGCACAGCCCUAGGUGCAUGCACAGAAGGCGAGGCUCCAGUGUGAUCCCUGGGUACACAGGAAUGAACAGGUACCCCCAACCUGGAGUACUGCGUUUUGCCAAGAACUGCAGUCAGGUCUGGGCGGAGGCUCUGAAUGAUUUUGCUCUGUAGCAUGGGGAUGAAGGGAGUCCAGAACUGACAAAGGAGACCAAGGGAAACAAAGACCAAAAGCCAACGUUGGAGCCGGAGCUGAAGCUGGAGGUGGAACAGGAGAGAACAAAGGCGGGGGUGGUGGUGGGGUGGACAUGAAUCGGAGGCCCUCCCUUUCAGUGCCCAAGCCUGGGGCGGCCCUGCCUGUUCUGGGCCUGCAUUAGCACUGGGCUGGACUCACAGCCUGUGUUUCUUCUGUCAACCCUACCCACAGGUU